UACAAAGAUUGCCAUGCCGCCACACUAAUAGCCCACCUCAUGUAUAUAUUGCAGCUGGGUAACCAAUUACCCAUCACUUUGACCCUUGACUGAAUGAGCACGCUCCGAACACUGCUUCUCUCCGGUCCGAAUUCGAUUGCGCUCUCUCACCAGAAGGAAAUUUUAGCUCCGUCUCCAAAUCGCCUAUCUGCUUGGAUCGCUGCUCCCUCGAAAAAUUCCCGAUCUGCCGGCCGAUCUCUCCGCUGUAACAGAGGCCGAUACGGUGUCGACAGCAAGUCGCAGCCGCUGCAAGUUCGGGGAAUGGCUGGUCAAGACGAGAAAGAUCCUCGCAUAGAGAGAAUUUCCUCUUCAAUUAGAGUUAUUCCUGACUUCCCUAAAAAAGGAAUCUUGUUUCAGGAUAUAACAACGUUGCUUCUCGAUACAAGGGCGUUCAAGGACACAAUUGAUUUGUUUGUAGAGAGAUACAAAGGGAAAGAUAUAUCUGUUGUUGCAGGAAUUGAAGCAAGAGGUUUUAUAUUUGGCCCUCCUAUUGCAUUGGCUAUUGGGGCAAAAUUUGUUCCCAUGAGGAAACCUAAUAAGUUGCCUGGAGAAGUUAUCUCAGAGGAGUACUCGUUGGAAUAUGGGAAAGAUGUGAUGGAGAUGCAUGUAGGUGCAGUACAAGAAGGAGAGCGAGCUUUGGUUAUAGAUGAUCUAAUUGCAACCGGUGGCACCUUAUGUGCAGCAAUCAGGCUACUAGAGCGUGUCGGGGUAGAUGUUGUUGAGUGUGCUUGUGUCAUUGAAUUGCCAGAGCUAAAGGGUCGGGAACGCCUAGGAGACAAACCACUGUUUGUUCUUGUAAGUCCUUCCGAGUAGUCUGUUGUUUCUGUUGUAGCAGAAUGAGAAUAGAUGACUUGAUUCAGGUGAAGGAGCUUCGUUGGUAAUAAAGGAUUGGAUACACUCAGCAGUCUCUUCUUUUCACCUUUUUUUUUUUUCAGUAGAUUGCAUAAACCUCUAAUUUUAUUGUCAGUUUUGUAUCUGUGUGGGCGUGCGGUGGGGGAAUGACCACCAUUGGUGUCUAUUUUUGGGGUAGGAGAUGGAUGUGGUACACCGCACGUCAAUUUCAUUUGCAUCUCAACCAGUCAUUUAAUAUUGGUGAGUGGAUUAGUGGGAGCACUAGCAUUGUUCCCAGAAAAAUAGACGUCCGCCCACUUUUGCCCGUCUGCCUGUGUGCUUUUCUGUGUCAAAUUCUACAAUUAUGGUUGGUGUGAAUGCUUUUCAAAGAUUUAAUGUGCUUGAAGCUGAAUCAGUCUCUUUGCUUA